AUGGCUUCAAGAGUUGACUUAAAGAUGUCUUUACUCAAAGAUGUCAUGGUGGAGUACAGGGAGAUAAAACAUGUAAUCGAUGGGGUAACCAAAGAAAAGGAGAGGCUCCAACAAGAGAAGGAGAGGUUCCAGCAUGAGAAGGAGAUGCUCCAGCAUGACCAGCAUGCGGGCCACUGCCGGGAUGCUGCGCGCUGGGCCGACGCCGUGGCCGCCGGCCAGAGCGUCAUUGACGUCGAGGCCGGCAUCGUCCGGAACGCCGCCGAGAUCAUCGCCAAGCAAGGCGCCAAGGCCAGCUUUGGCCUGGACGACGGCGAUGAGGCCGGCGCGCGGGUGUUCGAGAAGCUACAGGCCAUGCAGGCUCGAACCGCCUGGACGUACGAGGCGUGGAAGCUCGGCCGGGAGAUCGGCGCGCUGCUAGCUCAUGGAGAUGACCGAUGCGAGGAGUCAGAGUGGCAACAGCAAGAAGGAAGACCUGCUGUCGCGCGGCAGGUUAUGACGCGGCGGGAGAUGGUGGACGAGUGCAAGACCCUCUUCUUCGGCGGGCACGAGAUGACGGCGUUGGGCUUGUCGUGGACGCUGCUGAUGCUGGCGGCGCACCCGGAGUGGCAGGAGGCGCUGCGGGAGGAGAUCGAGGAGGUGGUGGGCGGCGACGGCGAGGACGAGGACGAGGGCCCGUUGGAGCUGGACCGGGGAUCAUCCUCGCCACCGACCGCGGAAAUGAACGAGCCAACGCGAGCGGCGCAGGCUGGAUGA